UACGUGGAGAUCUAAUUAUCGAGCCGAUCACCAACAAAUGCCUGACGUGUAUUUGCAACGGAGCGAGUCGAUGUGGUCUAGAAGUGAAGUGCGACGGAGAUGUGUGUGGCGUUUUCUCCAUUGGCUACGAGUAUUGGCUGGACUCCAACUCACCCACACUGCCCUUCGAUAGCCCCGAAUCAGAAGGAGAGGAUAGCCUUCACUUAAUGAUGAAACAGUUCAUUGCUCUUGAAAACAACGCAGCGCUGUUCUUCACGUAGGCUUAGCAUGAAUAAGUUAUUACCACUUAUUUUUGUUGUUUUCUCUCCAUAUCUGUUGUCUGAUAAAGGCUCCAUUAUUGGUAAGUCUUCCAUAACAUUCAAAACAUAAUCUAAUUUUUAAUAGGAAUUUAUUUUUUCAAUUUUUUCACUUAUUUAUUUACUGUAACACAUCGUCAUACAUUUGUCUACAAUUGCAACAGGGUUUUCAAGACCUGGCAUGUAAUAAAUAAAUCAAUCAUAAUCACGUUAAUUCCAUCUUAAGCAUAACUCAUUUGACUGGUAUCUUGUCAUCACAAAAGGUCUAUUUCUAACUUCAAACUAAAAUACAAUAGACACCCCAAUGAGCAGAUACAUUCUUAGGCUACUCUGUAUUAAGUAUUUGAAAAUUUACACUCUGAGAUAUUUUGAACGUGGUAACAUGCUACAAGAACCAAUCAGAGGAACCUAUUUUCAAAAAGUAUUCUCUGAUAAAUUUUAAACAUGAUUGAAUGCCACAAGAACCAAUCACUAAUUUAUUUUCAGAGAAGGCUUCUGAUUGGUUCUCGAGGUAUUCAAUCAUGAUAAAAAUUUUAGAGGCUUUUGUGCAUCCAGGCCGAAGCAUGAGUAUCAAAAGUUUUUUAUUUAGAAACAUUGUUCAUCUUGUGAAUUGUCAUAAUAGUUUUAUUAAAACACGAGCCACCCAGAUCAGCCUCGGAUCAGUUCUAAACAGCUCUGGUUUGUUUAGAACUGUAUGUAUAGAACAAUCUCUAUAAAACACUCAUGUAUGUAAGAUGUAUAGUUUUCAAGUUAUAUGCGCGGAACCAAAAAAAAAUGGUACCUUUGAACCACCCCCACACCCUUAGCAUAGGGAGUAGGAGUUGGGAAUUUCGGUAUGAUUACCUUCUAAACAGAACUGCAGGGUCAGAAAUUGUCUUCUAAACUUUUCCCUCUAUAACCCUUCCUUGACUGGACUACAAGCCACACGUGCA